AUGCCACCCACCCCAACCACACCCAACACAAUGAUCCAACUCGAAGGCCCAGAAAACGGCAUCCUUUGGAUAAAACUCAACAGACCCGAAUCCGGAAACUCCCUGCACCCAACGCUCGUCCACGAACUGCUUCACGCCCUCCUCACCGCAGACCGCGACCCCGCCGUGCGCAUCAUAAUCCUCACAGGAACCGGCCGCUUCUUCUGCACGGGGAUGGACCUCCUCAGCUCCGACGAGCUCUCCUUUGCACCCGGCGACGACUUCCACCGGCUAAACAGAAUCCUCAUCACGACCGAGAAGAUCCUCAUUGCUGCCGUCAACGGGCCGGCCAGUGGAUUCGGCGCGACGUGUCUAGCGCUGUGUGAUCUUGUCUUUGCGGUCCCCGACGCGUAUUUCUUUACGCCGUUUGUCAAGUGGGGGAUGGUUCCUGAGGCGGCGUCUAGUGUGAGCUUUCUACGGCUUAUGGGGCAUCAGCGGGCGGCGUUGCUGUGUCUUACAGGGGAGAGGAUUGGGGCUGAGGAGGCGAGGGAUCUCGGGCUUGUUAGUAGGGUUCUACCGGCUGAGGGGUUCUUGGGCAAGGUUAAGGAGGUCGCGGAGGGGCUUGCGAGGGCACUCGAGGGGUCGCUUUUGCAGACGAAGCGGUUGCUCAAGGAGACGACUACGAAGGAUUUAUUGGAUGCGAAUGAUCGGGAGUGCAGGGUGAUUGUUGAGGAGAGGAUUCCCAGUGGUGAUUUGCACAAGGGGAGAGAGGCAUUUCUGGCUGAGCAGCGGGAGAAGGAAAGGAGAAAAAGCGCUUUGUAA